GCCUCCGGUCCUCGGGUGAGCGCGCCCCGGCCGGCCCGAGCGGAGAUGGGGGCCGCGGGCAGUAACCCCGGCGGGCAGCAGGCCGAGCGGGGCGUCCCCCAGAAGUUGAGGGGCCAUGGCACGGACUCCCUUCCUGACGCUUUGUGGGUUCGAAGUUGGAAGCGCCUCCUCUCCCACCUCGGUGGGACUCUCCUGGGCUUGGAGCAGGCCCUGGCAGCCAGAAACUCCCCAAAGCCAGAGCAGGCACGGGGAGGCGAGAAGUCCCCCGAGGCGGCAGGUGCAGAGUGGCCAACACCCCCCCAUGCCUCCCUCUUCCUUCCCGAGUUUCCUGUUCAGCCUCCAGUGCAGCAGCAGCAGCUCAAGAUUCUGGGCUUUUUGGCCAAGGGCACCUUUGGGACUGUCCUAAAAGUGCUGGAUUGCACUCAGGCAAAGGUCUUUGCACUGAAGGUGGUGCCCAAGGUGGAGGUCCUGCGCCGGGACAGCGUGAGGCAGUGCAAGGAGGAGGUCAGCAUCCAGAGGCAGGUGCGCCACCCGUUUCUGCACUGUUUAGGGGGCAGCUGGCAAGGGCAGCACCAUCUCUUCAUUAUGUGCAGCUACUGCAGCUCUGGAGACCUGUUCACGCUUUGGAAGUCGGUGGGGCCCCUUGCGGAGGGGGCCCUCCGCCUCUUUGCCACGGAGCUGGUGCUGGUGCUGGCCUACCUUCGCAGCCAGGGCAUUGUGCACCGGGACAUCAAGAUGGAAAACAUUCUCUUGGAUGAACAAGGUCACUUGAAACUGGCUGAUUUUGGCCUUUCACGCCAUCUGCCCCGGGGCAAGCGGGCAUUCACCAUCUGCGGGACCCUCCAGUACAUGGCCCCAGAAGUGCUGAGAGGCGGUCCGUACACCCAUGCCGCGGACUGGUGGUCCCUGGGGGUGCUGCUGUUUGCAAUGGCCACCGGGCAGGUAAGAACAGGAACGGGGCACGAUGCUCCCCAGGAAUCUGUCUCCAACUGUGACCAGCCAGGUGCCUGUUGGAAAGUGCCAAGCAGGGCAGAACGGGAGCAUCUGAUGCCUGGAGGGAGGCUGCGGCUGAGGUUCCACUGAGCCAUUGUGGCUCUGCAACCACUGGGUUGCUUCGAACU